AUGUCUGAGUUUUUGAAGUGGGCAGAUACUUUGUUGCGCUGUGCACGAGACGGCCUGGAGAAGAGGAGCAUAUACAGCAAUGAAAAGAACGAAACUAACUGUAAGCGACAGGAUCCUCCGAGUGACAGUUCAGAAGGUGAUUCCCCAUCAUCUCUCGUCAAACUACACAAAAAGCCCCGUUUAGGAAGCGGGUCCUCCUCACCAUGUUUACCAAGCACACCAGAAAAACAGAUAACCCAGACAGAACCUAAGACUCCGGAGAACGUUCGACAGCUGUAUUCUCUUAUCGACAACCUGCGCGUAAGGACGUCCAUGCUCGUUGCUUCCAGACUUCCGACAAUAUUCUACGGGGCCAGGACGCACAAGCAGAUCGAGCAGGUGGUGAAGGAGUUCGCCAGGACCGUGUACACGAGAGACGCGCCCAUGACCGUUCUUUCUAGCCGCGAAUACAGCUGCAUUCGGGAGUUCGACCGGGCGCAGUGGGCUUCCAAGAACGAUAUGUGUAGAGGAUGUGUUAGGACAUUUGAAAGCACUCGCAAAGAGUCAUCCAACUGUACUUACUACGAAAAACGAAAAGCCCUCAACCACAGGACGAUGCCGCCUGUUUUCGACUUGGAAGACUUGGUCGCCGCGGGAAAGCAGAAACAGGCCUGCCCCUACUAUGCCGCUAGAGAAAUGGCCACGGCAGCGAGUAUUGUCUUCUGUCCGUACAACUAUCUGAUAGAACCCGGUAUUAGGAGCAGUAUGCAAAUCGACGUAACAGACAAUAUAGUAAUAAUAGACGAAGGACACAAUAUAGAGGACGUGUGUCGCGACGCAGCGACGUAUAUCAUCACUCGUGCGCAGGUCAGCACUGCGAUUUCUGAACUUCAAAAGGUGUCCCAAUUUACUUACGCCAACCAGGAUUCGACGGGAUAUAUCGACUUCUUGUUGAAGGUGCUCAACAGUUGGGACCAAUGGUUCGUUAACCAAACGCCCUUGAUCAAGAACUGCCCUGUGAACAACAACGAAGCUGUCUACACUUGGCCGGUCGAAUAUUUCGUUAACACCUUGGACAAUCACAACAUUGGACUCAAACACUAUACAGAGUUUCGCGAUCACGCUGAAAUGUUCCUGCGUCGGCUACGCGAGGACCCACGGACUCUGUUAGGUGUCACGCAAUCUACCGGGACUCUUAUCGAGAGCAUCGACAUUGUCCUAGGAUUCUUGUUUCGGGAGGGAGGCCGCCAUAUCGACGAUUUUGUUCCUGCGCUCGUUCGUACCGUUGUCGAUGAGAAUGACGAUUCAGCCUGGCGGUACUCCAACAAUAGACGCACAGCAGAAAAAGAAACAUUAUCACUUAAAUUAUUGUGCAUGAAUCCGGCGAUUAUCUUCGAGGCGCUAAAAUCAACUCGAUGCAUCAUCAUAGCUUCGGGGACCCUUACUCCAUUAAUCAGUAUGCAUUCUGAACUUGCGACGGAGUUCCCUCUUCAAGUCAGCCCGAAACACGUGAUUUCAAGUGACAGGGUUUGGAUAGGUAGUUUAUCCACUUGUCCUGAUGGCAGCCCUCUCCAUUGCGUGAACAGGAAUACUCAACAGGUGCACAUACAGGACGCGCUGGGUGAGACUGUGCUACACGUAUGUAGGGCUACACCGUCGGGCGUACUUUGCUUCUUACCUUCAUACGGUCUCAUGAACACACUUAUUAAACGUUGGCGUGAAACUAACGUAUGGAGAAAAUUGGAAAAUUUAAAACAAGUGUUCAAAGAAAGUCGAAACGUACGAGAUCACAACGAGAUUAUGGAGGAUUACUACGAAUGUGCCGCGUCGCCCCGGGGCGCGUUGCUGUUCGCCGUGUACCGAGGCAAAGUAUCGGAAGGAAUGGACUUCAAGGACCACCAGGCACGCGCCGUGAUUACUAUUGGCAUACCAUUUCCUAAUACGUUCGAUAUGGCUGUGAAGGAGAAAAUGAAGUACAACGAUAAGUAUAUGCAGUCCAGAAAAUUGCUCUCCGGUUAUGAUUGGCUGCGAGUUCAGGCUUUUAGAGCACUGAAUCAAGCCGUGGGCCGAUGUGUCAGACAUAGGAACGACUGGGGCGCAGUAUUGCUGGUCGACGCGCGCUUUAGGGAUCCUCGAAAUAACGAACACCUCUCAAAAUGGGUUCGAGAGUUUCUGAACAACAACCACCACACAUUUGACAGCCUAAUGAACAGCGAUAAUAACCUGGAGUCAUUCAUGAAGCAUAUGAAGAUACAAGAAUGCGAAGAGGACACGUGA